CUCCCCAUCCCCAUUCCCCCUACACAACCACCAUCUCCCUCUCCUCAACCACAACCACAACCACAACACCAACAACCCAAGCUUCCAUUCUCUUCUAUUUCAUCACCUUCCUCACCGUCUUCUUCUUCCUCACCAAACAACCCUUUCUUCCCUACUUACCGCCCCUCUCCACCUCCUCCAUCACCCUCCGUCGUCGCCACAUUCCCGGCUAACAUCUCCUCCCUCCUCCUCCCACACCCUACCUCCACCCACCACCGUCCCGCACUCGCACUUGCUCUCACCCUCUCUCUUCUUUCCCUCGCCCUCCUCUCCGCCGCUGCCGCAUUCGCACUCCACCGCCGCUCCCGCACCUCGUCAUCCUUCCACGCCGACGAUGACGAAGACGACGACAAGGCCUCCAGGCAAGAUAGCCUCCGCCUGUUCCCACGCAACGCUGCUACCUCCGACGGCACCCACCCCAAGCCCCGCGGCGGCCCCGGCGCCGCCUCAAGCCCGCGCACAGAUUACCUCUACCUCGGCACGGUGGCUAGUUCAGAGCCACCGGAUUCAAGCUCCAGCAGCACCACCGGAACCUUAAUGGUGCCGCCGUACCGGAAACUGAAUGAUUCGCCGGAACUAAAACCACUGCCUCCCCUUCCCCGCCACAAUUUCCAGCCAUGGCUGAGUGAAGAAGACAAGGACGAAAAGCACAAGGAGAAUCAAGAUGAAGAAGAGGAACAGUUCUUUUCUCCGAGAGGCUCUUCCGGUAACAGACAAGAGAGUCCUCCUUCCCCUGUUGCGGUUCUUGGAGUCGAAGAUUCAAGUUCUCGUUCACCGAAGGCUUUUCCUUUGGAGAAACUCGGAUGCAGAAGCUUAAACUCAAGAACCCCAUCUCAUUCUCGUUCUUGCUCCCCUCUCAGCCCUGAAAGCACCAAAUCACUGCCACCACCUAAUCAGAACCCAGUUUCUGCGUCGCAGUCGCCGUCUUCUUUGUGUUCUUCUUCUUCUUCUCCUAAGCCUAGAGAGGAGUUGAGAUCCAGUUGGGAUGUUCCGGCCACCGAACUGCCUCCUCCUCCUCCUCCGCCACCACCACCGCCGCCUCCGCCGCGGUUCUGGGAGACUCCGGUGAUGAAUAAAUUGGCGCCAAAUGUUGAUAAGAAUGAGAGUGAGGAAACUCCGAAGCCAAAGUUAAAAGCUUUGCAUUGGGAUAAAGUGAAAGCUAGUUCUGAUAGGGCAACGGUGUGGGAUCGCUUGAGACCAAGUUCUUUCCAAUUGAACGAGGACAUGAUUGAGACGCUGUUCAUGGUUAAUAACUCAAAGGAAAAUCCUACAUUGGCUUUUAGAGAUAAUAAUGGCCGCCGUAGUCAAACGGUUCAUUCUUCACCGGUGCCACCGGAGAAUAGGGUGCUUGACCCCAAGAAGUCUCAGAACAUUGCUAUUUUGCUUAGGGCGCUCAAUGUAACUAUUGAUGAAGUUUGUGAAGCUCUCAGGGAAGGCAACUGUGAUACACUGGGAACAGAACUUCUGGAGAGUUUGUUGAAGAUGGCUCCAACCAAAGAAGAAGAAACUAAGCUGAGGGAGUUCCAAGACGAAUCGCCCUUCAAGCUUGGCCCUGCUGAGAAAUUUCUGAAGAUCAUGCUUGAUAUACCUUUUGCAUUUAAGAGAGUGGAAGCUAUGCUCUACAUUGCUAAUUUUGAUUCUGAAUUAGAAUACCUUAAAAAGUCCUUUGAGACUCUGGAGGUGGCUUGUGAGGAAUUGAGGAACAGCAGAAUGUUUUUGAAGUUACUUGAAGCUGUUCUCAGAACUGGAAACCGAAUGAAUGUUGGCACUGAUCGGGGCGAUGCGCAUGCAUUCAAGCUGGACACACUUCUGAAGCUCGUUGAUAUUAAAGGAACCGAUGGAAAGACCACUCUAUUGCAUUUUGUUGUACAGGAAAUUGUCAGAACCGAGGGAUCUCAUAUUUCCGGUUCUAACAAUCAUCCGGCCUCCGAGAACAACCAGCAAUAUACUCUUCAAGAUGAGGUUGAAUUCCGGAAGCUUGGACUGCAAGUUGUUUCGGGCUUGAGUGGUGAGCUCACCAAUGUGAAAAAAACAGCUACCAUGGACUCAGACAUGCUUAGCAGCGAUGUUGCUAAACUUGCUAAGGGGAUCGAGAAAGUUGUGGAAGUUGUCAAACUGAAUGAAAUGUCACCCUUGAAAGACACUAGCCAAAAGUUUUCUGAGGCAAUGAAAUGUUUCUUGGAGAAAGGAGGAGAAGAAAUUUUAAGAAUCCAGAACCAAGAGAAAAGGGCUCUCUCUUCAGUAAAGGAGAUAACUGAGUAUUUCCAUGGGAAUUCAGCAAAGGAAGAAGCUCAUCCGUUUAGAAUUUUUAUGGUAGUGAGGGAUUUCCUUUCGAUAUUAGAUGGUGUGUGCAAGGAAGUUGGGAAAGCGAAUGAGAGGACUCUAGUUGGUUCUAGACAAUCUGUAAUGCCUGCAAACCCUGUAACGCCAGCAAUUUUUCCUAUUAUUACUGGUAAGCAGCCAUGUGAUUCAUCUGAAUCUGAUUAACCCAACUGCAACUGUUUGAGUAAGUUCUAUACAUGUUUGGUUUUGGUCAUUGAUGCGCUAGAUUUUUACCAUCCAAACAUUACGACAUUUCUCAACUGAAGACAAGCAUAUCCCUUCUUUGAAUGAUGACAAAUCCCAUGCUAUCAUGGAUGACACUUUUUCUCGUGCCUAGAUUACUCUGUAUAUGUUUACUGCCUAGACCAUAUAAUAAAUUUGAGUACAUUUCUUUUUUAGCGUUACAGUGUUGUAGUUAUAAAUGAUAUGAUAGAUAGAAAUUUUGGA